AUGGAUGAUAUUAAUUUGCUACCGUUGUCAGUCGUUCAAAAGCUUGAAGAAGCUGGAAUACCACAAGACAGCACAAUAUUUUAUCAAAAUGAUCGUUGGGUUUAUCUAGUACGACAACUCAUCCAUAAUAACAAGAAAUAUCAUUGUCAAGAGCUCGAUUCAUUAGGGCCUUUUGAUGUUCAUUCAGUCGAUAUUUCAUUUGUCUUAUCUUCAUCCAAAUCUCAAUACAGCAUCAAUAAAAUUGGACGAAAACAAUUAAUCGAUGGCGAACAAAUAAUAGGUAGUCAUGCUCCUAUUGCUCCAAUUACUCUUAAAGGAUUUGCACGUUCAACAGCAAACAUACCAGCUGAUGCAACACACUUUUGUUGGCUUUAUCCACCUUGUGGUCCAUUCGAUAAUGUUGCUAGUAAUUUAGAUAACUCGUAUGAAUUGGAUCUGCUCAGAAUUGGUGGAUUUGCAUAUUUCAUUGCCGAUGAUAACACUGCUAAAAGCCUUCGACUUAUUCUUGUGAACUCAUUAGUUUUAUCUGCUACCAACGGUCUAACGUUUGAAGGUCCACGUCCUUGGCGAGAAGAAUAUACGGAAAAAUUAUGGGCACAAAAUCGAUUUCAACCUGUAACUUUACCAUCUCUUCGUAAACGAGGUGCACUAUACUUUGCUUUUAUCAAUCCAUACGAAUCGGUAACCACGGGAAAUGAUGAAGCAUCAUGGACACCUUCACAACAUGGAGCUUUUGUGUACCUAUUUAACGAAGAUCAUUCACCGCACGUAUUCGAUUGUUUUUUUUCUGUGUCUGACGAGUGUUUGGGUGUUUCAGCAAGUGAUGAACAAUGGCAAAGCUAUUGA